GGGGGGCCGGGCCGGCGGGCGGCCGCCGCGCCGCGCACCCAUGGACGGCCCGGCCAUCAUCACCCAGGUGACCAACCCCAAGGAGGACGAGGGCCGCGCGCGGGGCGCCGGCGAGAAAGCAUCCCAGUGCAACAUCAGCUUAAAGAAGCCGAGGAGCCGAGGCAUCCUUAGCUCCUUCUUCUGCUGCUUCCGGGACUACAAUGUGGAGGCCCCGCCCACCAGCAGCCCCAGUGUGCUUCCGCCCCUGGUGGAGGAGAACGGUGGGCUUCAGAAGGGUGACCAGAGGCAGGUCAUUCCCAUACCAAGUCCACCAGCUAAAUACCUCCUUCCAGAGGUGACGGUGCUUGACUAUGGAAAGAAAUGUGUGGUCAUUGAUUUAGAUGAAACAUUGGUGCACAGUUCAUUUAAGCCUAUUAGUAAUGCUGAUUUUAUUGUUCCGGUUGAAAUCGAUGGAACUAUACAUCAGGUGUACGUGCUGAAGCGGCCCCAUGUGGAUGAGUUCCUCCAGAGGAUGGGGCAGCUCUUUGAGUGUGUGCUCUUUACUGCCAGCCUAGCCAAGUAUGCAGACCCCGUGGCCGACCUGCUGGACCGCUGGGGCGUGUUCCGGGCCCGGCUCUUCAGAGAAUCCUGCGUCUUCCAUCGUGGGAACUACGUGAAAGACCUGAGUCGCCUGGGCCGGGAGCUGAGCAAAGUGAUCAUUGUGGACAAUUCUCCCGCCUCGUACAUCUUCCAUCCCGAGAAUGCAGUGCCCGUGCAGUCCUGGUUCGAUGACAUGACGGACACAGAGCUGCUGGACCUCAUCCCCUUCUUUGAGGGCUUGAGCCGGGAGGACGACGUGUACGGCGUGCUGCACAGACUCUGCACUGGAUAUACACGGAGCUGUUUGGGAAUUUUCUUUGCUGCUCCCGCGCUGCCACCGAAUGGAUUUGACCAGCGGCUGUUAACACUGUUCCUUGCCACCGUGCCUAUGCUCAGAAUCUGCUCCCUGCUAAGCUGCAGGCUUGGACAGGGUCAGAAACGUAGGUGUCCCCCCCCCCCCGCCCGCCCCCACUGCAGACUGCACCAACCGCAUCCCUUCCCGGGCACCGGCCGCGGGAGGUCGGGAGGGAACAAAGACACGGGGGCCAGCACACCACACAGGCGUGGUGUUCGUUCUGAAUGGCCCCCAACAUCAGCUACUGUGAUGAGCCGACCGUUCUCCCCUGAGAACGCGCGGCCUCAACUGGCCACCGCAUUGAUGUGGCCCAAGUCCACUCCUGGUCUUCUCUUUUGAAGCACAGACUAUUUUCUGAGCCGGGGUUGGGGAAACCUGUCCAGAUGUGGAACUCACCCCCCUGAGCCAGGAGAGGCGGGGUGCCCUCCCUGGGCUGGGGCUUCCUUUGCAGCCUUUCCCGGGGAGCUGUUUGAAGCAGUGCCAUGUUCCUUGUUUGACCAGACAGUCUAUAAAGUAUUGCUCUUAACAAAUAAUUUAAAAGAACCCUUUCGUGUCGGCACCAUUGCCUUAGUCCUCUGUGGGGUGGGCCUCCACCAGAGUUCCAGUGGGAGCGACCGGCACCAAGUCUGAAGAUGGGUGUCAAAGUGCAGUUUUGUUCUUGCUUUCGUUCACAAAAUAAUCACGUCCUCCCAACAGCACUUUGGGCUGUGGACUGCCGUGCAUUCAGAAGAGAAGUGUCCGGGGGUAGCCAGGCGCCCCAGCAUUCUGAGUGUGCAGAACCCAGUGAUCCCCAUGCCGGUCACGGUAAAAACCGCCCCAUGUCAGGCAUUACCACAGAGAACAGCAGUCAUGUGGCAGAUCUGCACAUGCCCUAAACCUUGAUUUGGAAAACUAGUCAUUAAUGACCCGCUGCCUUAAAUGUUCUUGAAUGUUGCAGUCAGGUGUCUGUCCUGCGUUGAAAUCCACACAGAAAUCAGUCCUGGGGACAGCCUUCGACCCUCCCUCCUGCCCUCUUGUCUGCCGGCAUCACACGGUCUUCUCCGGUACAGAGGGCAGAGAGGACUGAAAUUCUAGAGUAUUUCAGGGGAAUCGAACCUAGGAAGAGUGUCCCACUUCUGUGAAGACACUGGCAAGCUUGAGCCAGACACUGCACCUGCUAGUUCCUGAAACUGCGAGCGCCAUUGCACGGCUGUUGGGGAUGGAGCCCGGUUCCAGCCACCGCAGACACAGACUGACUCGGGGGGGGAGGGGGGCAGGAACCAGCAGCCCCCCCCGCCGAGCCUUCUGGACUCUGUGCACCUUAGUUGACCACACUCCAAAAUGCCAAAAUUUUUAUUUUAGCCCUGAUUCUGCUUUAUGUACAUAAUCAGAAUAUCUAUAUCUCUCUCUAUAUUUUUAAUCAUCUACAUGUAAAUGAAGCAAUAGAAUUCUAACAUUAAGGCCAAGAAAUGAGAUGAAUGUUUGGGGUUUAUGUUUUUUAAGGUAAAUACGGGUAUUGUUUUUAAUUAUUACCUUUUAUUAAAUUGUGGGCUUUAAAACCUAAUGAACCCCAUUAGCUAUUUCUCUGUGCCAUAUGCUCCCCAUGUUACCAAAAUAUCCCCCCCCACACACACACACACUCUUUAACCAAAAGAGAAACCCAGCCUCCUGAGUUUCUUGGUCCUUUGCGUACCAGGUUAAAAUAUAGUCUCCUGGGAAGUAUUUUUUAUAUUAAGAUCUGGGACAGGAGAUCUUGGGUCAUGGACUCGGGCCCCUAUGAUGUGACAACAUCUCUGGCCGGGCCUUGGGUGGCGGUGCCCGGGCCCAUCUGAGGUGUUCACUGCUCUGUCUUCCAUUGCUCUGGAAUUCUAUGUGUUGGUCUGUGGCUUCACCCAUUAGCUGUUUGUAAACAAUGUUAUCUGUAUCCUAAGGAGGAACACUACUUGUCACCCCCAUGGGUUGGUGGGGAAGCUCCUUUGACAUCGCAGUUUUGAUGAGGUGACUUUGGAGACGUGAAGAGGCCCUGAUGACACUGACUUGUCAUGGUUGCAGCAUUUGAACUUCUGGUUUAAAAAAAGAAAUCUGUAAAUUUAUAACCUGGCAACACUUUACAACCCUAUAUUUUAAAGACCUCUCUCUAAUAAAAUCUAGAACCACGCAGCCCUAUAUGGUCAAACACUCGUGACGUUUGUGCCUCUGCUUUUAAAGGUGCUGUGAUGGACAGUUGGCGAGCCAGGGUUCGCGGAGCGGGGGGAGGUGGCUUGAAGUGCUUGCAGUUACCUGAGCAAAAUCUUACUGGCUGCCUCUUCCUGUCUCACUGUAAAAUUGAUGGUGUCUGUUGCUGUCGGUUCUCCAGGGAGCUUCUCUGCAGACUAACACCCCCCUGUCCCCCACCCCCCGGUAGUGGAGAUUCUGGUGCCUGGGUAGUCGUGGAUUUCUGUUGGACGUUUGAAUGUGACAAACAAGCCAGCAUUACUUGGGAAAUACUACAUGUGGAAUGUGCACGUUUCCAGGGGCGAGCAUUGUCCCCCGGGAGGUUUGCAAUGAUUUCCUUCCUGCCAAAAAUAAACACGUGAAACUGC